GUGGCGCUACAGACUCUGUUCACCAACCGUAAACACAGACGAAGAAGGAACGUCACCGGAGUGACGAGGCCGUCAUAUCCGAUCAUGAGUGUCCCGUGUUUUGUGAGAACGGCGGCCAGAAGUAUCGCCGGUGGAUCAGGACAGUUCAGACUAGCUGUUUGCUGUUCAUGUAAAGACACAGUCACACGAAAAAUGUCAUCCAGGAGACAGACUGACCAUCUAGAAAGAACUGCUAGCGUUCAUAGACAAAUGGAACUUUUCUCAGCACGUGUUUGUGACAUUAUGAAUGAAUCUGAUUCAGUAAAGAGACUGAGACUGGAGGUGCCACAUCCUGACUUCAGCUUCCGCGCUGGACAGUGGGUGGAUUUCUUCAUCCCAGGUGUGGAUACAGUGGGCGGCUUCUCCAUUUGUUCGAGUCCUGGCCUGCUGCAGAGAGAGGGAGUGAUUGAAUUGGCUGUUAAAUACACACGCCAUCCUCCAGCACACUGGAUUCACACUAAAUGCUCUGUGGACUCUCUGGUAACUGUGAGGGUGGGAGGUAACUUCUACUUUGACCCUCAACCUUCUGACCCUGUGGUGGACCUGUUGCUGAUAGCUGGUGGUGUUGGCAUCAACCCUCUGUACUCCAUUCUGCUGCACGCAGCUGAUCUGCUUAGACACACUCAUGUUCACAGGUGCGCUCCAGGGCACACGCACCUGUGCUACAGCGCCAAGAACACCAAAGAGCUGCUCUUCAAGAACACCGUUAUUGACAUUUGUCAUGAGCGACCAGAUAAAUUCUCCUGCGAUUUCCAUGUUACCCAACAGAGCUCUGACAUAGAGCAGGAACUUCAGCCUUACACCAUAAAUGGAAGGAUAUCAGAAGAGGAACUUAAGCGCCAUGUAGAUCCUGAGCACACAUUGUGUUAUCUUUGUGGCCCUCCUCCUAUGAUAGAGAAAGUGAAUUCAGACCUGCAGAAAGUCGGCCUAUCAGAGGACAGAAUCCUUUUUGAGAAAUGGUGGUAGCUCUACAACUCAGAUAAUCACAGCGAUGGAUGCAUCUGCAUCAUCAUAGAAACAGACUGUAAUGGCAAUGGACCAGUAAAGCCUUUGAGAUCAACAGACGCUAUGUCUGCAUUCUCCACAUUUAAAGGGUUAGUUCACCCAAAAAUGAAAAUUACCCCAUGAUCUACUAACCCUCAAG